AAAAAGGGCAGUGCGUGACGUAGCCGGAACUGGAAAACGUACACAACAAAGAUGGCGUCGGCCGUGGAGACAGCAGUGAAAGAUUCGCACGUGGAGAAAAAGAAAAAGCCCUCAGCGCGUUACUGGCAGGACUCAAAGGAAAAGGGGAAGACUGAGAAUAAAAGUCAAAAUGAGGCAGAAAACGGUAACAAACGGAAAGCGAACAAAAGAAAGCUUAAAGGGGACCAGAGAGGCGGAAAGAUGGUCUUAUCAGGGAAGUCUGAUCCGUUCCCUGGGCCUGCUCCGCUUCCAGAGGAAAGACUGCAGAAGUUUAAGAGGAGAGAGAAGAGUAAACUGCCUAAUCGUAAGAGACGUAAGCUGAGAGAUGUUGUGGCUCGCUCCGAGGUUGUGUCGGAAAUGGCGCAGAAGCGAGCCGCUCAGUUCGACCUUCUCCUUCCGGAGGAGGCAGGGUUCCUAGAGGGAGAUGAAGAUGAAGACACUUGUAUGAUCUCCCAGGAGGACAUUGCAGAGGCUGUAGAUAUAACAUCUGGGGCAAAGUAUUUUAAUCUUAACCUGUCUCAGUUUGGACCAUAUCGAUUGGAUUACAGCAGGACUGGACGCCACCUGCUGCUCGGUGGGAGGAGAGGUCAUGUCGCUUGUCUAGAUUGGCAAUCCAAGCAGCUAAUGUGUGAGAUGAAUGUGAUGGAGUCCGUGAAUGAUGUAAAGUGGCUCCACAGUGAGUCCAUGUAUGCAGUGGCUCAGAAGAAGUGGCUGUAUAUCUACGAUUCAAAGGGAAUUGAGCUUCACUGCAUCCGCAAAUUCAACGAUGUCCUUUGUAUGCAGUUUCUCCCCUACCAUUUUCUUCUGGCCACAGCGAGUGCCACAGGUUUCUUGCAGUACCUGGAUGUGUCUGUUGGAAAGGAGAUAGCAGCCAUCUGCACCAAGGCUGGCCGGCUUGACGUCAUGUGCCAGAACCCUCACAAUGCCAUCAUCCACCUCGGCCACUCAAAUGGCACUGUCACCCUCUGGUCCCCCAACCAGAAAGAGGCCCUGGUCAAGAUGCUGUGUCACCAAGGUGGUGUGCGCUCUGUCGCUGUUGACAAGACCGGCACGUAUAUGGUGACGUCAGGCAUGGACAAGAAGCUGAAGGUUUAUGACAUCAGAGCCUUCAAGCCCCUUCAGUCCUACUUCCUCCCUGCUGGAGCCUCAUGUUUGUCGCUGAGCCACAAAGGCCUGCUGUCUGCAGCAACAGGGGACAUUGUCCAGGUGUACAAGGAUGUAUGGAGCACUGCAGUGACCAAACCCUACAUGGCACAUCGAGUGCGGGGGACAGUGUGGGGGCUGCACUUCUGUCCCUUUGAGGAUGUACUUGGAGUGGGGCAUGGAGAUGGCUUCACAAGCAUGCUGGUACCAGGUGCGGGUGAACCAAACUUUGAUGGCCUUGAUGCAAAUCCAUACCGCAGUUCAAAGCAGAGGCAGGAGUGGGAGGUCAAGGCUUUACUGGAGAAGAUCCAGCCAGAGCUGAUAAGCCUAGACCCAGACCAGCUGUGCCAUGUUGACCAAGCUAGCUAUGAGCAAAAACACAAAGAAAGGGUCCAAGCUCUGGGCUUUGACCCACUUGCCAAAGAGAAAUUCAUCCCCAAGUUGAAGAAAAAAGGUCGGAGCUCUAGUGGCAAUGUUGAAAGGCGCAAGAGGCAAGUGGCUCACGAGGAUCAACGGGAUAUGAUCAGGACAUCAGUGGAGGACAAGAUGAAGAUCGAAAAAGAAAUAAAGAAGCAGGAGAGGAAGAAGGAGGCAUUAUCUGGCCUGAGGUCGGCUCUGGACAGAUUCAAGAAAUAGAAAAGAAGGAAGCAUUGUGCCGGUCCAAAUCCACUGACAUUCUUUGGGAUUGACCUUCGAACUGUGUAUAAAAGGCACAUUCUGACACUCUGUUCUGCCCGCCUCCUCCUUCCUGACAAAAUGGAUCCUGCAGAAACUAUGACUUUUGUCAGCUAUUGAGAACUGGUUUCUUACAUGCUGAUGGUUCAUGAAGCCAUCAUCCUGUGGUCAGUGCCCUAGUCAGGCGAAUCUGUUUAAAGUCCAUUACUGGAGAAGUUGCUGAGUGGGAACUAAUGGGGGGUGUGCUACCUAUGCAGGCACCCAGAAAUUGUAUGAAGUCAUAUUUGUUCUCUACUCAUAAAACACUUUUUUCUUACUGUUUUUAGACCUGGCUGAACUGGCUUAGCACAUGUUAAAUGUUUUAUAUAAAUAUUCUCUAAAGAAUAAAAACAUUUGAUCAAAA